CGUGUUAAGCUUGCAAUUGCAGCAAUUCGGAUUCUCAACCCAAAUAAGGCCAACUUGGAUACUAUUCGACACAACAGCAUCGAAAUUGGAAUUUCAGAUUUCGUCCAUGGCGUCUACCGAUCCCGAUAAGUUGAUCUCCAAAGCUGACAAGCUAACAAAACUCAGCCUUACAAGGUGGAGUGCUGAUUGGGGAAAUGCUACACUUUUUUAUGAACAAGCAGCUAAUGCUUAUAGGGUUGCCAAAAAUCCUGAAAAAGCUAAAUUGGCAUUUGAGAAGGCUUCAAAAGGACAAGAGAUGCUCUCCUCGCCCUGGGAUGCUGCUAAACAUAUGGAAUCUGCUGCUGCCCUCGCAAAGGAAUUAGGCAGCUGGAGUGAAGUAGCAGAUUUAUAUAGAAGGGCAUCUGAGUUAUAUGUCGAGUGUGGGAGAUCACAGCCUUCAUCAGAUGCUCUAGCAAAAGGUGCCCGUGCUCUAGAAGAUGCUGCGCCUGAUGUUGCCAUUCAGCUGUACACUGAUGCAUGUGCUAUCCUUGAAGAAGAUGACAAGGAACAAAUGGCCUUUGAUCUCUACCGUGCUGCCGCUAAUGUCUAUAUAAAGCUUGAGAAGUACACAGAUGCAGCGGCUAUCUUGUUGAGAUUGGGUUUAGCAGCUGAUAAAUCCAAUGCCACCCAUAGCCAGUGCAAGGCAUAUCUGAGUGCAAUUAUUGUGUAUCUUUACGCUCACGACAUAAAGCAAGCCGAGAAGUGUUACAAUGACUGUUCUCAGAUUGAUGCUUUUUUGAGAAGUGACCAGAACCGUUGUGCCAGUAAACUUCUUUCCGCUUAUGCAGAAGGUGAUAUUGAAGAAAUCAAACGCCUGGCUCAAUCAAGCACCAUAAAAAAUCUUGAGCAUAUGAUCAUCAAGCUUGCACACAAACUUCCUACUGGAGAUAUUACUGCCCUGAAGGCCGAUACCAGUGAACAGCAAGAAGAGCCACUUGAUGAGAAUGAUCUCACUUAGUUCUUCCUUUGGAGGAUGAUUGAUAACUUUUGUUACAUAAUAUGAAUAUGAAAUUGUGUGUUUCAUUGAAUGAGAAUGGGUUUUCAAGUGAAAGAUAUGUCGAAGAGUGAGGCGUGUAACUGGUUGGCCAGUUGAAGUUCUGUUUUGUUACAUCUGCGGCGUUGGGAUCUUAAAUCAUGCCAUUCAACUGGUUUACAUGAUAAUUUACUGGUUGGGAAUUUGUGAA